AACGAAAGCCAUUUACAUGAUUACCAGCCAAAUGCAGGGGAUUUCCAUGAUGCUGUCUGCCAAGACGAGGGAACUGAACAAAGAAAAGAAACGCACCGACACCCUUCUGUACCAAAUGUUACCCAAAACGAUCGCCGAGUCACUAAAAAGAAACGAGGACGUUGUCGCCGAGCUCUAUCAAGAUACGACGAUUUUCUUUUCAGAUAUCGUUGGCUUCACCGACAUAUCGUCCCGUGCCUCCCCAUUUCAGGUGAUCCAAAUGUUGAACAGUCUGUACACGGCAUUUGACCGCAAAAUCGAGAAAUACGACGUCUUUAAGGUGGAAACCAUUGGAGACGCGUACAUGGUGGCCUCCGGUUUGCCAUGCCGGAACGGGACCCGUCAUUCCUAUGAAAUCGCCAUCAUGUCCCUGGACCUCCUGGACCACAUAUCUCAGCUGGAAAUUCCCCACAUGCCCGACGAAAAGUUUCGCCUCAGAAUCGGCGUGCAUACAGGCCCGGUGGCCGCCGGUGUGGUGGGAUUAAAGAUGCCGCGAUACUGCGUAUUGGGGGAGACUGUCAGCAUCGCCUCGCGCAUGGAAUCCCUGGGACUGCCCAAUAGGAUCCACAUCAGCAUUACCACGUUUGACGCGCUGAGCAACCUUGGAGGAUUCCACAUGACAAGAAGGCAUAAGCUUGUUAAGCAGAGCGAGCACUUGGUUUCCAGUGCUGGGAAGGGGGACACCACCACAUACUGGCUCCUGGGGAGUGACCACUUCAAGACACCUGGUGGUGUUUCAACGCCCAAGUACGAUUCAAGCGAUGUUGAAGGGCCAAGUUGCUCUAAAUAUGGAGAAUCGGAGGAAGUUCCUCAAAAUGCGUUCAUAGAGAGGAGAGGGAGCAUUACCUACCAAGAAGACGAGUAACAUCACAUUUCUAUCAGGACAAUAGCGUCACAUCAUUACCCGGACAUAGAGUGGCGUCACAUCAUUACCUGGACGAAGAAUGGCGUCACAUCAUGACCCGGAUGAAGAAUGGCGUCACAUCAUUACCCGAACAUAGAGUGACGUCACAUCAUUCCCGAUAUGAAUUUCUGGUUUGAAAUUGAGUCUUUUUAAUUUGACGGAUGAUUAAUUAAUGAGCAUAACGUCAGUUUCUGUGUUGUAAAAAUUUCUGUGUAGCACAAUAGUGAUUUAGUAACGAUUGCCUCUAAUACUGUCUGACACAAUUCUGGAUUGGUGGUGACAAAUAGAAUCAGCAAUGAUUUAAUUCUGGACAAAGAGAUGCGCGCGCGUGAACGCAUACUGGAAAUGGAACAUUGACUUAAAAAUGAGGCGGUAAUCCAAAAUACAGGGAUAGGUGUCGUUAAUGACCGUCUAAUAUUCUCCUUGUUUAGUAUUAGUAAUUCAAAAUGGUAAUUUUU